AUGGGAAUGACACCUUCCGCUAAGCAGUCACUAGUUGACAUGGCCCCCAAGUACAUUCUGGAACAGUUUCUACAGCAUGAUCUUCUAAUAAACAUCACUGAGCAUCAGCUGGUUCCUGAACACAUAGUCAUGACAAAAGAGGAACUGUCUGAAUUGCUGUUACUACAGUAUCCUUUCACACCAGCUGCCUACAGUAGGCUCCAACAAGGAGACCCUGUGGCCCGGUACUUUGGAUUGAAAAGAGGCCAGGUAGUAAAGCUCAUCAGACCCAGUGAGACCGCUGGGUGA